AGUCGCUGCGCCGCUUGACGAGGCCGCAGCCAUCGUUCGAACUCCCGGGUCAAUCAUCACCAGGAGAAAAUAAUACACAUUUUUUUUCAUCACAAUAAUUUGGUUAGCAUUUAUUAAUACAUUAUUAUUCAAGUUUUAUAUCUAUAAAAAAUUUAUUGUCAAGUGUUCAAUGUGAGUUGUUUUUUUUAACAAAAAAAAAAUUAUAAAAAAUCGUGUUUGAUGCGUGCACACUGACACACCAGGAAAACGUGAAAAAAAUAUAAUAAUAAUAAAAAAAAAGAUAAAUACGAUUCAUCAUUGAUCCAAGUUCAUUAUCAUGGCAUCACUGAGAUUGCUUACGGCUGGUGCAAGUGCUGUUGGAGCUGGUGCAUUAUCAACAUAUUUUUUAAUGUCAGAUUCAACAGUUAAAGCACAUGUUGCUCAUAAGCCAGUUAAAAGACCACUUCCAACACGUGAAGAUCAAGUUAAAUCAUUAAAAACACAAGAUGAAUAUGAUGUUUUAAUUAUUGGAGGUGGUGCAACAGGUUCAGGAUGUGCUUUAGAUGCAGCAACAAGAGGUUUAAAAACUGCAUUAAUUGAAAGUGAUGAUUUUGCAUCUGGUACAUCAUCAAGAAGUACAAAAUUAAUUCAUGGUGGUGUACGUUAUCUUCAAAAAGCCAUUAUGCAAGCUGACAUUGAACAAUAUAGAAUGGUUAAAGAGGCACUUCAUGAACGUGCAUCAAUGCUUUACAGUGCUCCACAUUUAGCACAUCCAUUACCAAUUAUGCUUCCAGUUUACACAUGGUGGCAAAUACCAUACUACUGGUUUGGAAUAAAAAUGUACGAUCUUGUUGCUGGAAGUAAAACUGUAAAAUCAUCUUACUAUUUGAGUAAAUCAAAUGCACUUGAAUUAUUUCCCAUGUUAAAAGGUGAUAAAUUAACUGGUGCAAUUGUUUACUAUGAUGGUCAACAAGACGAUGCAAGAAUGAAUUUGGCAGUUGCAUUAUCAGCAUCACGUCUUGGUGCAACAGUUGUAAAUCAUGUUAAAGUUGUAAAUUUAUUAAAAGGACGUGAUCGUGAUGGUAAAUUAAUAUUAACUGGUGCUCAUGUACGUGAUGAAUUAACUGGUGAAGAAUGGGAUGUUAAAGCAAAAUCAAUAAUAAAUGCAACUGGACCAUUUACUGAUACAAUACGUAAAAUGGAUGAUCAAAAUGUACCAGAAAUAUGUUGUCCAUCAUCAGGUGUACAUAUUGUAUUACCUGGUUAUUAUAGUCCAGAUCAAAUGGGUUUACUUGAUCCAGCAACAUCUGAUGGACGUGUUAUAUUUUUCUUACCAUGGCAAAAACAAACAAUUGCUGGUACAACUGAUUUACCAUGUGAAAUAACUCAUAAUCCCCGUCCAACUGAAGAUGAAAUAAUGUUUAUAUUACAAGAAGUUAAAAAUUAUCUUAAUCCAGAUGUUGAAGUACGUCGUGGUGAUGUAUUAUCAGCAUGGAGUGGUAUUAGACCACUUGUAUCUGAUCCAAAUAAACCAAAUACACAAUCAUUGGCACGUAAUCAUAUUGUACAUGUUAGUCCAACAAAUUUAGUUACAAUUGCUGGUGGUAAAUGGACAACAUAUAGAGCAAUGGCUGAAGAAGCUGUUGAUGCUGCAAUUAAAUCAUGUAAUUUAGAGCCAUCAACAACAUGUCAAACAGAUGGUAUGUUACUUGAGGGUGCACAUGGUUGGAGUCCAACAAUGUAUAUUAGACUUGUACAAGAUUUUGGUCUUGAAUGUGAAGUUGCACAACAUUUAGCUAAAAGUUAUGGUGACAGAGCAUUUGCUGUUGCUAAAAUGGCUGCACUUACUGGUAAAAGAUGGCCAAUUAUUGGUAAAAAAAUACAUCCUGAAUUUCCAUACAUUGAUGCUGAGAUUCGUUAUGGUUGUCGAGAAUAUGCAAGAACAGCUAUUGAUAUGAUUGCAAGAAGAUUACGUUUAGCAUUUUUAAAUGUACAAGCAGCAAAUGAAGCACUUCCUGGUAUUAUUGAUAUUAUGGCAGAAGAAUUAAAAUGGUCUGAAGCUGAAAAAAAAAAACAACACAAAGAAGCUAGUGAUUUCUUGGCAAAUGAAAUGGGACAAAUGGUUAAUCGUGCAUCACGAGAUAAAAUACCAAUUAAUCUUACUAAAGAUGAAAUUCAAUUGUACAUUAAACGUUUCCAAAUUAUUGAUAAAGAUCGUAAAGGAUAUGUAUCAAUCAAUGACAUUCGUCGUGGACUUAAGCUGUUUGGUGAUAAAGAUGUACCAGGUGAAGAGUUACACGAAAUACUACGCGAAAUCGACACAAAUAUGAACGGUCAAGUCGAGCUGGACGAAUACCUUCAGAUGAUGUCUGCAAUUAAAUCCGGCCACGUUGCUUAUUCAAGAUUUGCAAGGAUGGCAGAAAUGGAGGAAGCACAGCAUGAAAAAGAUGUAUUAAAAAAGAAAAUUACUGUUGAAAGAUCAGGUGGUGGUCUUUAAAUAAUCCAACAACAUAGACUAUUUUAAAAAUAAUUAUAAAAAAAACAAACAAAUCAAACAAAAAAAAAAAUAAUAAAUCGCCUCUCUUCACGUUUUUUUUUUUCUGCGAAAAAUGUUUUCACGCUAUCAUUCAGCUUGUAGGGAUUAAUUUAUUUGGGGGGUCUUAUUUCCAUUUUGCAAAGCACGUUGUUGAUGUAAAAAAAAAAAAACAACAAUAAAAUGAUACUAGUCAACAGGUGCGACCGAUAAAAAUACUCUGCUUUUUAAUGCAUUGAUAUUUUUGGCAUUUAGCCAAUUUUGAAAAAUAAAAAAUUGAUGUUAACAAACACAAAAUAAAUAAAUAAAAAAAAAAAAAACACUUUUGAUUAAAA